UAACUCAAUAAAAUUACAGUAAAUCCUCCGGAAGCUAAUUGGGCGGCGAUGGAACUGGAAGGGGCGAAAUCGUCGAAGGCGACGGGGCAGAGGAUCGUGGUGGCGGUGGACGAGAGCGAGGAGAGUAUGCUCGCCUUGCAAUGGUGUCUCUCAAAUCUCACUUCUCACGACACCAAAAACACUCUCGUUCUCCUCUAUGUCAAGCCUUCUCCCGCCAUCUCCAUCUCCUMCUUCGAUGCGCCUGGUUAUGUGUUCUCGAACGAUGUGAUUUCGGCCAUGGAAAAGCAGAGCAAGGAUUUGGUUAGGUCGGUGAUGAAGAGAGCUGAAGCGGUUUUUGUGAAUUUCAACACUAACGUAAAUUUAGAGAGAGUAGUGGGGACGGGAGAUGCCAAGAACGUGAUAUGCCGCACAGUGGAGAAGAUUGGAGCCGAUACCUUGGUAAUGGGAUGCCAUGGCUAUGGCUUCUUCAAGAGGGCGUUGCUUGGAAGUGUGAGCGAUCACUGCGCCAAAUAUGCCAAGUGUCCUGUGGUUAUUGUGAAGCAUCCUUAAGAUUUCUCGAGAGAGCUCGAUUUCAUAAUGCAUAUUUAAGAAGUAAAUAAUUUAAAUGGAACUUAAUUUGCUAUGUCUUUAAGUUUUGUUCCCAAAUAAUUGAAAUUAGCUUAGGUUAAUUGCUUGAAA